AUGUAUUCUAAAUAUAUUCUUAUUGCAAGCUUUGUUUUCGCUUGCGUAUUUGCUAGACCGAGCGAUAAUCCUGCUGAAAAAGAGCAACCAACGGUGAUACCUAUAGUCUCACAAUCUGACGAAUUAGAAUCCAAUGGAACUUACAAAUUCAGUUACGAGACUGGAAAUGGCAUCAAACGUGAAGAGAUCGCUUAUGAAAAAGUACUACCUAAAGGUCGAGAAGCCAGCAGUAAGGAAGAAGGUGAAAAUGAUGACGAAAGUGAUGAAAUUCAUGUACAACAGGGUUCAUUUUCGUACACUGCUCCAGAUGGAACUGUCAUUACCUUAAGGUAUAUCGCCGAUGAAAAUGGAUUCCAGCCAAUAGGCGACCAUCUGCCUAGAUCACCAAUAUCAGCACCAGCUUCAUCGAAUUCAGCUGAAAAAGGCGGCCGUGCCUUAAAAGCUGCAGACAGCGUGGACUCUGCCUCUAUGACGGUAGAAGCUAAAUCAAUAAAAAAACCUACCGAAACAGUCAUGGUAGCAGAUGAAUUAGUUAAGACAGUACCAAUCACUAAAGAUUCUAAAAUGUCUUCAAGUGAUGCUGACCCUGAACCAGCUAACAUCAAUGUGAGUACUGAAGUAGCUUCAACAGCAUCUGCUCAAUCAUCAACUGAAGCUUCUCCCGCUUCAGCAAAACAGACAUCUACUUCUGCACCAGAACAAUCCGCUGAAGUUAUUGAAUCAUCGUCUUCCACUUCAGCUCCUGAGCAAUCAAGUUCAGCUAAAGACAUCGGACAAUCUUCUACUACAGAGGCUGUUAGUCAAUCUGCUGCAAAAGAAGUUCAAAAGCCAACCACAAACGCCACUCAAUCUGCUCCGAGUAAAGGAUCAAACUCUACAACCGUCUCAGCUUAAAC